AUGAUCCAUCCUCUCUUCCUCGCAAUCAUCCUCCGAACUACAAAUUCCGCAAUUGUCGACCCCAAGGUUUGCGACCUUCCCUCAUGCGCCCCGCUCCCAGGCAAGUACGACGUGUACGGCAUCGCUGCCUGCACCGAUCCAGACCCGCUUGAGAACCUCGGACCAGAUUGCACCCGCGUCUCGUACGUUCGGACCAUCGACGAGCAGGUGGCAAGGCUGUGGCAGCUUCCGGAAUGGUGCUUCAAGUACCUGAAUGGCCCGUCGACGCACCCCGAUAGUCCCUUCUCGCAGGGCCUCCUGAUCGCGGAUGGGACAAGGGAAGACUGCUUCAAGUACAUCCACGGUCUCUGA